AACAUCCCGCGUGUUCGGAGUACGUUUGAAAUGAUAAAGUUGUGGACUUUAUAUGUUUUAAUCAGACGAAAAAAAGUUUUGGAGAUUUAAAGAUUUGAUAAAUGCUUGUGUUCCAAAUAAAUUCGUCCAAUCUGACAUUUUACAAAUUACUGACGGCAUUGCUUAAACUAUUCAUGACAAACACAGGUGUAUGUGUAUAUAUAUAGAUUCUUUCAUACAUUUUUAAAUGUAUUUUCUAACUUAACUACAACAUCUUUUAGUUCAAACAACACACAUGUUCUUUUCAUUUUAUAUAUUAUUUUCACAGAUAAGAGAAGGAUGCUGACAUCGAUUUGCCUGAACUUAAGUCAUUUCUACAACAGCGUUAUGGAAAGUUCCUGAUAGACGGUCCAGCAGGUACAGCAGGUCCAGCAUAGCUAUAAAUAGUAAUACCGACAUUUCAAAUAAGCGCAUAACACGUGUAUGUGUAUAUCAAUAUAUAUCGAUCAAUGAUAGGUAUCAUAAUAAUGGACGCAAGAGGAAAAUCAUUAAAAACAACGCUUCUGGCAUUAAUAUGUUUUUAUGUUAUUUUGUUGAUGAAAUGCAUUUCACUCAAUAGCCAAUCAUGGUAUAUAUUAAAAAUAGAUCUGAAUAAAUGUUCAAACUGUGGCAAAAUCAUAUUUACUAUAGGAACUUUGCUUGAGAAAGAAUAUGGGGCCCUCGAUGAUAAAGCAAGUGUCAACGACGUUUCCAUGAAUAUUAUUCAUAGAAGAGCAGAACAUUCUUUGUACGGGAGUGUAACAGAAAAAGAUCACGUGGAAAGAUACGAGGACUAUAAUUCUAUAUUUAGAAUUGAAAAUGAGAUACACAUGCAUGUUGGACUUUGGCAGACAUAUCUAUGCACAGAAGAUGGCAUUUAUUGUGCUGACCUUGACAUUGAACUAGCACCAAAUGUAUUUGCUCCUCUUCCGUUGCUAAGUAAAAUACAGGAAGAAAUUAUUUCGGCACGACAGUUUUUCCUGCUAUCAACAGUUAUUGCGGUGAUCACGACAUUUUUUGCGACAUUCAACUUUACGGUAUCAAUGUCGACCACUUCUGUAAUCUUAUCCGUGGGUGGACUUGCCUCUGCUUUCGUUUCACUAACUGGCGUCGUUGUGGCAUCAUUAUCGUUAUUUCAGGCAUUCAGUAUGUCUGAUAUUGUAACAUUCCGUGCACCUUUCAUGUUAAUAUUGACACUACUUGCUGAUUAUAUGACUUUGAUGGCAGUGUUUUCAGUUUGGAGAACUUGGGAAGGGUAUAAUAAAACUUCUGUGCAAAACUGGUUUGAAAGAAGCGCAAGAAAUAUAUGACGCUUAAGUAUUUUAACCAAUAAAUAGAUAGCGGUGCUUAAAAACGACUGUCAAUAAAAAGUAUGAAGCCAAGAGACAAAAUGGUAAGCAUCAAAGACAAAGUUGACACACUCAAUGCUUAUGCUGUUUUGCCGAGGACGGCAGAUAGAGCUGGGAUGAAGUUAAAUAAAAUGCACGUUCCCAAAAUAGAAAGAAUAGAAAGAGUGAGUCGGAAUUGAAGAGAUUUAACGAGAAUGGUGAUGUAUUUUUAAACACUGGCGAAGUAAUGAAGUCAUGCUGGAAUACUGUACGGAAACGAAGGAGUUAGUUAACAACCAAGUAUUAACAUUAAAAUGUUAUACACAUGCAUAUAGAUCUCAACAAAUGGAACACUGAUUUCGAGAAAUUAUUCUCAGUCCCGUCAUGUCACAAAACUUGAUAUAAAUAUCAUUAUGCUUCUAUGGACCUAAUGCUUCUCUAACACAAUGAACUAUACCACCAAUCAUUUUCAAUAUUUUUCUUGAUAAAACUGUUGAUGGCGUCUAUACAGUUUUCCGUUAGUG